AUGACAAUCCACCUGUUGUUGGCUGCUCUGACAGCUGUCGUCGGUGUGCAAGGUGCAGUGCACGCAUCUUCCAAUGGAGCAAGUCAGGGCUAUAAAUCAUGUGAUGAUGAGCGUGCCGUGUGUGAAGGCGCUUCCAGCUUGUUGUCCCUGAACUGGGGGGGAAUGUUCGGGCGGCGUGACCGUCCUGUUACUUCUGCGCCUACCUCCUCGACGACCUCUCCGGCUACCCCUGCUCCCACCUCUGCUCCAACUACACAAUCAAUACACUUGACGACCAGCUUCCAGGACAUUGCAGAGCAGAUGUCAAAGGCCAAGUGGGACAAAAUGCAAUGGGGCCCCCCCGAUGCGAACGGCAAGCGCGCCACUUUUGCACUGGGCGGCGCCAUGAUCAACGGCCUGUUGUACAUGGCGGCUUUUGUCCAGGGGUCGGUCAAUGGUCAGGACAACUGGGUCGAUUUCGCAAAGGGCAUUGGCACCGUCCUCGGGCAGGCGGCAAUGGAAAUUCCUGAUGUCGGUCCUUUUCUGAGCAUUGCGAUCACCUUUGGUUUGUCCCUUUUUGGAGGCUCUUCCGACGGCAUGCAGGCCGCUUUUGAAAAGCUGUACGAGACCAUCAUGAAGAAUGUGCGAAAGCUCAUCACAAUGCAAGACGUGAAAGAAGCCAUGCAAACCACUGAAGACAGACUGGGCAAUUUGAUGAAGUUGCUCUACAACAUACCAAUAGACAUCGGACAGAUUGCUGGCCUCCCAGCGGCAGAAGCAGACAAGAGAAACCAGUACUGGAAUGCCUUGAAUCUCAAGCUUCAGUUCUUUGAGGGCUCGAACGCCCAAAUCUUUGGAGCUCAGGUGGGCUGCGUCGGGUCAGACGGCACGACGCCCCUGCAGCGCAGUGAUCAGAUUCAGACGACGGACAUUUCGGUCCUCACCGAGUGCCAGCAGUAUUGGGCCCAUGGCGCUUUUCUGCCUCAGCUCCAUUUCGUAAUGAUGCAUCUGCACCUCAGGGCACAAAUGGCCUUCCUAGCUUCGGAUGCAGCCGCGAAAAGCCAACAGCUGCAACGGCUACGCGAAGUAGCUGGAGUCUAUGUUCCACUGUUACAGGAUUCGUACAAUGGUUUGAUCAUUUGGACGCAAGGGUAUGUUCCACGAUGUGAUUGGGAGUAUCCUGCAAACUGGUCGAUGAAUGGUUUUUCAGAUUGCGAGCAUUCUAUAAGUUCUACGAACUCAGCUGAUUGCGACAGGCUCAACGCGCAGGUUAAAAAUCUUUAUCUUGCACCUGCGACGUUUCAAGCCGAUCCCGAUGUAAGCUGCCUCACAGGUUGCAAGACUUUCAAGGAAACUAACUUCCCAUGGCCCAACCCCACCAACUUGUGUUCGACGCCGCAGUCAGGCCGCGGGUAUCCGACGUUGGGGCCGUGGCCUCUCUGCAGCCAAGAAGAUAUUGGGAUGGCCGCCGGGAUCAAGACCGCAGAGCUCAAAGCAAUGUUCCAUCCAAUUCUUGAGAAGUUGGAGAAAUUCGCAGAGAACAAGCUCGGAUACAGCUCCUCCGAGCUUCUGGAUUGGAUCCAGAGUCAUGCCCAGGCACCAGGGACCAAAACGGUCGGUGAGGCCGCAGACUUCUGCGAGAGGUUUUGCUUUUCAAUCCAUGACACCAUGAAGAGCGGGGCGGGGCAGGCCUUGGAUCAGGCAAAUGCUUUGUAUGCGAAGUUUGAUUGCACAGAAACCUGCUUGAAAGCAAGUGCACCGGUGGACACGAGAUGCAGUUGCAGAACGGACGCCUGCCCAAGUAUUCUUGCUAAUAUCAGCAGAGCCUUAAACGAAUCUCUCGAUACCGGGGACUGGUGGCAGGGCUUCCUGUCAAUGCUCCAGAGACCGGAUUGGGCUCUGACUUGCAAUCAGUCCUGCAACGAGUUCCCGCUGCAGACCGUUCAGUCACUUCAAUCGUCCUGA